AUGGAAGCAGCGGACAUGAUCGUUGUAGCGAUCUACUUCAUCCUGGUGUUAGGGAUUGGCUUCCUUGCAAUGUGGAAAGCCAAUAGGAGCACAGUGAGCGGCUAUUUUCUGGCGGGGCGCUCCAUGAACUGGGCAGCUGUGGGAGCUUCUCUAUUUGUCAGCAACAUAGGAAGUGAGCACUUCAUUGGAUUGGCUGGAUCAGGCGCUGCUAGCGGUCUCAGCGUGGCUGCAUGGGAGCUCAAUGCUGUAUUACUGCUCCAGUUUUUAGGCUGGAUGUUCAUUCCAGUCUAUAUCCAGUGUGGCGUCUACACUAUGCCAGAGUACCUGUCCAAGAGAUACGGGGGGAAUCGACUGAAGGUGUACUUUGCUGCUUUAUCUCUUGUCCUUUACAUCUUCACCAAGCUGUCUGUGGAUCUCUAUUCUGGAGCCUUGUUCAUCAAAGAAUCCUUAGGUUGGAACCUCUAUCUGUCCAUCCUGCUCCUCAUCGCCAUGACAGCUCUGCUGACCAUCUCCGGAGGUCUGGUUGCUGUUAUCUACACGGACACAGUUCAAGCGUUCCUCAUGAUUGCUGGGGCACUCUGUCUGACAGGCAUCAGCCUCUUCAAAGUGGGAGGGUUCGAAGGUGUGAGACACGGUUACAUGGAGGCCACUCCAAACAUCAGUGCCAUCUUGCUGUCUUCACCCAAUCUGACGUAUUCUGAGUCCUGCUAUAACCAUGCCACUCCAAAGCCAGAUAGUCUGAAGAUCCUCCGAGAGGCCCAGGAUCCAGACCUGCCAUGGCUUGGUUUCUUACUGGGCCAGACUCCUGCCUCUAUUUGGUACUGGUGUGCAGAUCAGGUGAUUGUUCAGCGGGUUCUGGCAGCAAAAAAUAUUGCUCAUGCCAAAGGAUCAACAAUCAUGGCCGGUUUCCUCAAAAUUCUGCCUAUGUUUAUCAUUGUCAUCCCAGGAAUGAUUUCCAGGAUCUUAUUCACUGAUGACUUGGCAUGUAUCAGUCCAAAGCACUGUAUUGAAGUGUGUGGCUCUGCAGCUGGCUGCAGCAAUGUGGCUUACCCAAGGCUCGUCAUGUCAGUAAUGCCCAUCGGUCUCCGUGGGUUGAUGAUGGCUGUUAUGAUUGCAGCUCUAAUGAGCGACUUGGACUCUAUCUUUAAUUCUGCAAGCACCAUCUUUACCCUAGAUAUUUACAAGAUGCUACGAAAGCAGGCGUCGUCCAGAGAGCUGAUGAUAGUAGGCAGGCUGUUUGUUGUUUUCAUGGUGAUCAUAAGCAUCGCCUGGGUGCCUGUGAUCAUUGAAAUGCAGGGAGGCCAGAUAUUCUACUACAUCCAAGAAGUAUCAGAUUAUCUGACUCCGCCCAUAGCGGCUCUCUUCCUGCUUGGCAUCCUGUGGCGUCGUUGUAAUGAGACAGGUGCCUUUUGGGGAGGGAUGGUAGGGUUUUUCCUUGGAGCUCUCCGUUUGGCUUUGGCAUUUGUUUAUCGAGAGCCACUCUGCGAUCAGCCUGAUGAUCGCCCAUCCUUCAUCAAAGAUAUCCAUUACAUGUAUGUGGCAGCCAUCUUGUUUUGGAUAUCAUCUCUGGUGGCUGUUGUUGUGAGUCUCUGCACUCCUCCGCCCGAAGAGGGACAAAUCCAAACCACUACUCUUUGGGGACUAAACAAGAAAAAGAAGCUAAAAAAUCAAGAAAAAAAUGCUGAAAAAGACAUCAAUGUUUUGAAACCCCUAAAUCACUCAGCCUUUAAUGGAAAUGGUGUUCUUAGUGAAGAAAAGUGUCACAAGAACCCAAACUUGCUCAAUGGCUCUGAGGCAAAUCUUGAAAAUGGCCAGUCAAGAAGCAGCAAUAAUGUCACAUCAAGUGAUAUAGAAACAACCUAUUCAGUACAGAAUGGUGGCUGUGAUCAGAGUUCAGGCUCCAAAAUGGUAGAAAAUGAGGAAAGAAGAGGAGUGGAGGAUGUGGAGGAGGAAGACGAGAGCUGUGGUGCAGGGGACGCAAAAGAGGAGCGUGGAUGCUGUAUUAAGGUUUUGGAUUGGUUUUGUGGAUUCAAGGAGGAAUCGUCCAAAGAUCAGGCCAUAACAGUUCAAGAACAGGAGAAGAUGGUGGAGGAGCUUCUCUAUGAACCUCCAACAACCAGAAUCAUCUUAAAUAUCGCACUGGUGGUGGUUUGCUCAGUUGGGAUCUUUCUCUUCAUCUAUUUCUCCUUAUAG